AUGGAUAAGUCAUGGAUUCCAAAGCCACGAAACUCAACUGAGUAUGAACAAGGAGUUAGGGGAUUUCUUGAUUUUGCCUUUGAACACCGCUCGGUCAAUGGCAAAAUAAUAUGCCCUUGUAAACGUUGUCAUUUCAAAAAACGGAAGAGUAGAGAUGAGGUGUAUGAUCACUUAAUCUGUACGCCAUUUCCAGCAGGAUACACUUCUUGGUCCUAUCAUGGGGAGAGUGCAACCGGCGAAACUCAUAAUGCUUCUUUCAUCAACCCCUCAAAUUCAACUGAAGGCACAACAAUUGUUGAAGAUCCUGUUCAAAACAUGAUCAAUGAUGCAUUUGGAGUCGAUAGGCACAGGGAAAAUGAAGUACUCAUUGUAGAAAAUGUGGAUAUUGACAUGGAUGAAGAAGAAACGACACCUGCAUCUCAAGAAAGGCUUGAAGCUGAUGAGUUUUAUGAAUUGGCCAGAGAUGGAGAACAACCCUUGUAUGAAGGAUGUACAAAGUAUUCAAGAUUAUCGUUUUUGGUGAAACUAUAUCAUAUCAAGUGUCUUUCUGGAGUGAGUGACAAGGCCAUGACAAUGAUACUAGAACUACUAAAUGAUGCAUUUGAACACGCAAAAAUUCCUAGUUCAUUCUACGAGGCCAAGAAGACAAUCUCCAAGCUUGGUUUGAAUUAUGAAAAGAUAGAUGCGUGCAAAUAUCAUUGUAUGCUCUAUUGGGGUAAUAAGGAGGAUGAAGAGAGGGAGAUCUGCAAAAAUUUCCAGACCUCUAGGUGGAAGUCAAGUGGUGAUGGAAGUAGCGGGAAGAAAGUACCUAAAAAAGUUCUUCAUUACUUUCCACUAAAACCCCGCCUACAGAGAUUGUUUUUGUCAACAAAGACAGCAGAGGACAUGAGGUGGCAUGCGAGCAAUACUAACAACGAUGGAUUAAUGAGGCAUCCCAGAGACUCUAAAGCUUGGGAGGAGUUUGAUAAAUCUCAUGGAUGGUUUGCACAAGAUCCUCGGAACGUGCGUCUUGCAUUAGCAUCUGAUGGUUUUAAUCCCUAUGGUACUAUGAGUACAAGUCACAGUAUUUGGCCAGUUAUUCUCAUUCCGUAUAACACUCCUCCAUGGGUGUGUAUGAAACAGUCCUCUUUCAUUUUGUCCCUGAUAAUCCCUGGUAAAAAAAACCCAGGAAAUAACAUAGAUGUCUACCUGCAACCUUUGAUAAAAGAGCUGAAGGAGUUGUGGACGAUAGGUGUGGAUGCCUAUGAUUCUUUCAAGCGAGAGAUGUUCAAGCUACAUGCAGCUGUAAUGUGGACAAUCAGUGACCUUCCUGGGCUGUCAGCACUUUCUGGGUGGAACACGUACACUGGACUUGCUUGUCCAUCAUGUAACUUUGACUUUAUCCGUUGUCGUCUCCCUCAUAGUCAAAAAAGUUGCUUUAUGGGUCAUCGUCGUUUUCUGGAUCGAAAACACAAGUUUAGAUUUAACAGGGUCCGUUUUAAUGGUGAGCAAGAUCUGCGUGAUCCACCUGAAACACCCACUGGUUAUCAAAUUUUUGAACAGGUUCGGAAUAUUAAGGUUACAUUUGGUGGAAAGCCAAAGAAGAAAGGGGAUGCAAAAGGAAAAAGAAAAAUAAGACGCAAUGAACAGGUUUCACAAGGUGGCACUGAGCAAUGGAAAAAAUGCAGUAUAUUCUUUGAUCUUCCAUAUUGGAAGGAUAAUCAGCUACGCCAUAAUCUUGACAUGAUGCACAUUGAGAAGAAUGUUUGUGAAAAUCUCAUAUUCACUUUGCUUAAUGAUAGUGGAAAGUCAAAAGAUCAUCUCAAAGCCAGUAAAGACCUUGAAGCUAUGGACAUAAGACCCGACCUUUGGCCUGAUGAAAAUGGAAAAUAUCCUUUGGCGGUCUUUACAAUGACUAAUGUUGGGAAGAAUGCAUUUUUGAAAACCUUAAAGAAUAUCACGGUGCCUGAUGGUUAUUCGAGCAACAUUUCUAGGUGCAUUGACUUGAAUACUAAUAAGUUGAAUGGAAUGCUGAAAAGCCAUGACUUUCAUAUAUUGUUGGAGCAGUUAUUGCCAUUAGCUAUGAGAUCAACAUUGCCUGAUGAGGUUACUACAAUAUUAAUGGAGUUCUGCUCAUUCUUCAGAAAGUUAAGUGGUAAAGUGUUGAAAGUGGAGGAUUUAGACAAAUGGCAAGAUCAAAUCAUCCUCACCUUAUGCCACAUGGAAAUGUUAUUUCCUCCUUCGUUCUUCACAGUGAGUGUUCACUUAGUUGUUCAUCUUGUUGAGGAAAUUAAGCUUGGAGGUCCUGUCCAUUAUCGAUGGAUGUAUCCGAUAGAAAGGUACUUAGGACAUCUAAAAUCCUAUGUACGUAAUCAAGCAAGGCCAGAGGGCUCCAUAGCAGAAGGCUACCUGAUGGAAGAGAUUCUUACAUUUUGUUCAAGAUAUUUAGAUAACAUUGAGACAAGAUGGAAUCGACCUCACCGUGUUGAUGAUGAGCCUAAUCAUAUACAAUCUCAAUCACGUGCAGCUGAAUUAUUUCCUAAUGUUGGGAGGCCAGUUGGUAGCUCUUCUAAUUACACUCUUACACACAUGGAAAAGUUACAAGCUCACAGGCACGUGUUGACAAACUGCCCAGCAGUUGAUUCCUAUCUUCAGCAAUUUAGAGCUAUUGUACGAAGGCAGUUAAGGAGUGGUACAAGGAAUACUCCUGAGGUUGACAAGAAGAUCCGAAAUAAUCUCGACACUAUUUCCGGACCAGAUAAAGAUAUUCUUAUUAGUCUCUCACAAGGUCCUUUUAACCAAGCUAGAAAGUUCACUGCAUUUAAUGUCAAUGGAUACAAAUUUCGAACCUUAGCACGAGACAAGUUAUUAAAAACUCAGAAUAGUGGAGUUUAUGGCAUGUUUGGAACAAGAAGUUACUCAAGCAGUAGUGAUUCUCAAAUGAGGUUUGGAGGGGUGCCUUAUUAUGGAAGAUUGGUAGAAAUCAUUGAAAUUUGCUAUAAUGGUUUCACUGUACCCAUGUUCAAAUGUGAAUGGGCUAAUACUACAAACCAAACAGGCUUAAAGAAAGAUAAAUUGGGUUUUGUGUCUAUCAACUUUGGAAGACUAAUACAUACUGGAGCACAUGAAGAUGACGAACCGUAUAUUAAGGCCUCUGAAGCUCAGUUGGUAUAUUAUGUGGACGAUGAAAAUGAUCAAGGUUGGAGCAUACCAGUUCAUCUGAAGCCAAGAGACUUGUAUGAGAUGGGAGAAGAUGAAGAAAUUAUGGCAUCCGAUGAGACAUACCCAUCACAAAAUUUGGAACAAGUUUUCUCUGAUGCUACAAAUCACAUACCAUUGGCAAGAAUGACUACAGAUGAUGAUCCUGAAGACAUACCCAUCAUUGAUUAUGAUUUAAGCUCUGAUAAUGAGGAUGAUGUCUAA